UUUUUUUUUUAUAUACAUAUAUAUCUAUUUACCUAUCUUUCAAUAUACCUCCUCAAUAAAUAGAGACAUACUUCUUAUCCAAUUGAGGAUUCCUCCUUGACUCUUAUUUAAUCUUAAUAUAUUCAAUGGUGCUACUAUUAUCAGAGAAAUCGGUCAGUCUCAAUACAAAUCGUGUCCAUGUUUUUUUUUUCUUGUAUUUUUAAUUAUAAAAUAAAUUAUUAUUAUUUUUUUUUAAUGAUAGAGAGGUCGUAUUAUGGCCAACAGGUGGACGAAAACCUUUUUAUCCCUUGUCGUGUUUCAAGUCUUGAUUUCCUUGCCGCUCCUUGUAGUUAUUUGCACCGAUGUCAACAGUUACCAACCUCUUGAGUAUGAACUUCAUGCAAAAAUCAAUCAUGUCCGUGUCGAAGUACUUUGGUUUAUAUUUUUUGAAAUUUGGCGAUUAUGGCUUGUCAUUGAUGCGUUGAUUCAUUGUAGUUCUUUGACUGUGAUUACCUGUGGUGUAUUAACCUUGUUCUCAGCCGGAUUUGGAGCAUUGGAAUGCAUUGAAACGAAAAAGAUGAUCAAUACUAAAAAGUACGUAGAUGAUCCGUUGAAAAGGAAUUUAGUAUUGGAGUUUAUAUUGACUGGAUCUAUUACUGCUCUCCUCAUACCCACUAUCUAUGUAGUUUACCGGUUGGCUCUAGAUUAUGGAUGGCAAACAUAUCGUAAAGUUGGUGCUCAUCUCAAUGUGCAAUCCAUGUAUUUUCUAGUUAAUUGCUUUAGUUUGAUUCUCAAGAUUGAUACCUUCUUUGAAGUACUUAUCAUGGUGUUUUAUAUGCUUUUGGGAGUUACAGAUGGAACUGCUUUGACAUGGAUACCAGGUAUCAUGGCUCUAGUGACUUUGUUUGGUUUAUUCUUUGCAAGAAAAUCGGUAUCAGAUGAAAGUCAUUGGAAAAUGAUCGUAUUUAUUGUUAUUCAGGUUGCUUUCAUUGGUAUGAGUGCAUGGAUGCUUUUCCAACGAACUGACCCGGAUGAUCCAUGGUAUAUCGUCUUAUUUUAUGGAUCAACUUCUAUAUUGAUGACAAUAGUGACACUUGUAUUUGCAAUCAAAUGCCAAAUGAACUUUGGAAAAGGACUGAAACCAUAUGUACAUUGGAGUCUCUUUGGGAAAAAACGACCUGUGACGACACCUAUUACCAAUCAAAGUAUACUUCUUGAUGAUGCCGAUCUUGAGUAUACAGGAUAUACAGUGGAUAGUGAUUUACAGCAAGCAAUCUUGAAGCAGAAUAGGAUAUCCCGUGAUCAACUGUAGUUAAUAUAUAUAUAUAUAUAUAUCAUACAUUUUCUCCCCUGUCUUUUUUUCUUUUUUCUUU